AUGGUGCGCAAUGAUCAACGCAGUCUAUCACCUACCUGUGACUUGACUGCUUUUGAAAUGGAAAUAAUGAGUCAUAAAAGUAAUCAAAGCAUUUAUCACCGUAUGCAGAUAUCUCGGCCUAAAGAAUUACUCAAUACCAUUUCAGUUUCUGAAAAUGUUGUAACUCUCAGUUAUAAUGGGGCUUUAACGUGUACUGAAAGUGUUCUGGAACAAGGUGAACGAAAGUAUUCUAAGCUUAAAAGACGAUUACGCGUUCUACGUGGGCAGCUAUUACCAAAUUUUCAGUUCUCUACAAAGAAAUCUGAAAAAAAUGAAAAGCAGUCGACGCGCCAAAAGCGAACACCUAGAAGUACCAGAAGAAACAUAUGGUAUAAAAAACACAGAAUUGAAUGA